GGUUUCGUUUUUAUUGAAUUUGCAAACAAACAGUUUGUGUGACAAUCAGUGUUGAGUUUGAAUCAAAUAUUAAUAAAUAUUUUAUAGUUUUCUCAUUUGAAUUCAUAUUUUAUUAUUAAAAUUAUUUGAUUUAUAAAUAAACUAUAAAUUAGUUUUGUUUUGUUUUUUUGAUUAAAAAAAUUAACGACACAUUUAUGUUAAUGUUUUUGACACCGAUUUGAUUAACACAUCCAUCACUUCUUUGGCAUUUUGUUGUUGUUUGGUCUGACAUAUCAUAAUCAAUACACACAUCGGCGGACACAUUGCGGACAUUGACAACACAUACCACACAUCAACACAAACACUAGCCAUGAGUUUCCUAUUUGGUGGUCGAUCUAAUAAGACAUUCAAACCUAAGAAGAACAUCCCGGAGGGCACCCAUCAGUACGACCUGAUGAGACAGGCGGCCGCCACACUUGGCUCCGGUAAUCUACGGCUGGCUGUUAUGCUACCCGAAGGCGAGGAUAUUAAUGAAUGGGUGGCCGUUAACACUGUCGAUUUUUUCAAUCAGAUCAAUAUGUUGUACGGAACGAUCACCGAAUUUUGUACGGAAGAGUCGUGUCCGCUGAUGUCUGCCGGACCCAAGUAUGAGUACCAUUGGGCCGAUGGCCAGACGGUCAAGAAGCCGAUCAAGUGUUCUGCGCCUAAAUAUAUAGAUUACUUGAUGACAUGGGUUCAGGAUCAGUUAGAUGAUGAGACACUGUUUCCAUCCAAAAUAGGAGUGCCGUUUCCCCGAAAUUUUAACGCCAUUGCAAAAACAAUAUUAAAACGACUGUUCAGAGUAUACGCCCAUAUAUAUCAUCAGCACUUCCAAGAAGUGGUUCAAUUGGGAGAAGAGGCCCAUUUGAACACUAGUUUCAAGCAUUUUAUAUUUUUUGUUCAGGAAUUUAAUUUAAUUGAUAAGAGAGAGUUGGCGCCGUUAGGCGAACUAAUUGAUAAAUUGGCUACCGGUCCACACACUACUCAUCAUAGCCAUCAUAAUACACACACUUCCAAUUCCGAGAGUACUACUGGUCAUAUCUCGACACUACCGGCCCGUUGAAACGCGCCUUAAAUCUCAAAUAUGUCUACUUUCUAUUACAUAUAAAUAAAUAAAUAUAUAUAUAUAUAUACGU